UCAGUCCGGCAUGGCAGAAAAACCAAUGAGUAUGCCCACACAAAUACCUGAUGAUGAAGAUAUACAAAGAGAAGAUAAUAUUCGUUGCUUAACUAUGCUUGGUCAUUUUGGUUUUGAAUGUUUGCCUCAUCAGUUGGUGAAUAGAUCUAUUCAACAAGGAUUCUCUUUUAAUAUUCUCUGUGUGGGGGAAACUGGAAUUGGAAAAUCAACUCUGAUUGAUACAUUGUUUAAUACUAAUUUGAAAGACAAAAAAUCCUCACACUUUUACUCAAAUGUUGGACUUAAAAUUCAGACACUUGAACUUCAGGAAAGCAAUGUUCAAUUGAAAUUAACUGUUGUGAAAACAGUGGGAUAUGGUGAUCAAAUAAACAAAGAAGCCAGCUACCAACCAAUAGUUGACUACAUAGAUGCUCAAUUUGAGGCCUAUCUUCAAGAAGAAUUGAAAAUUAAACGUUCCUUCAAUGACUACCAUGAUUCUCGUAUACAUGUGUGCCUUUACUUCAUUUCACCUACAGGACAUUCUCUGAAGUCCCUUGAUCUAUUAACCAUGAAGAACAUUGACAGUAAGGUGAACAUUAUACCACUGAUUGCCAAAGCAGAUACGAUUUCAAAAAAUGACUUACAGAAAUUUAAGUGUAAGAUAAUGAGUGAGUUGGUUAGUAAUGGCAUCCAGAUAUACCAGUUUCCAACAGAUGAUGAAACUACUGCUCAAGUGAACUCCUCAAUGAAUGGACACUUACCUUUUGCUGUAGUAGGGAGUACGGAUGAAGUGAAAGUUGGAAAAAGGAUGGUCAGAGGCCGUCAGUACCCUUGGGGAGUUUUACAAGUGGAAAAUGAAAAUCACUCCGACUUUGUUAAGCUCCGGGAUAUUCUUCUUAAUACAAAUAUGGAAGACCUGAAAGAACAAACCCACACUUGGCACUAUGAACAUUAUAGGUGCUGCAAACUGCAGAAAAUGGGCUUUACCGAUGUGGGCCCAGACAACCAGCCAGUUAGUUUUCAAGAAAUCUAUGAAGCCAAAAGACAGGAGUUCUCUGAUCAAUGUCAGAGGGAAGAAGAAGAGUUGAAACAGAAGUUUAUGCAGCGAGUAAAGGAGAAAGAAACAACAUUCAAAGAAGCUGAAAAAGAGCUACAGGACAAGUUUGAGCAUCUUAAAAGAGUCCAACAAGAGGAGACAAUGAAACUUGAGGAGGAGAGAAGACAAUUGGAAGAGGAAAUAAUAGAUUUUUAUAAAAUGAAAGCUGCCUCUGAAACAUUGCAGACUCAGGCGUGCACCAAUAUAAAGAAAGACAAAGAUCGUAAGAAAUAG